AUGAGAGGAUUUGCUGCUUUCAUAGUGGCACUAUUUUUACUUACUAUACGAGUGAAUGCUGCCCAAUGUGCUAUAUAUGGGAAUUGUGGUAAGAAGUCGUUAUUUGGUUCUGAGUUACCGUGUCCAGUGGAUAGUAGGUUUCAACCUCCUAAACCUGAUGAGAAUGUUAUUGAUUUAUUAGUCAACGUUUGUGGUGAAGAAUGGAGAGAUAUCGAGGAUUUGUGCUGCAGUGAAGAUCAACUGAAGAACUUAAAAUCUAAUUUGAAAAAAGCUCAAAGUAUUAUAUCAUCAUGUCCAGCUUGUGUAAAGAACUUUAAUAAUUUAUUUUGUCAUUUCACAUGUUCUCCUAAUCAAAGGGAAUUCGUUAAUGUUACAAAGACGCAAAUAACAAAAACUGGUAAAGAAGCCGUUGCAGAAUUAGAUGUAUUCAUGAACUCGACUUGGGCAUCACUGUUCUAUAAUUCUUGUAAAGAUGUGAAAUUCUCUGCUACUAAUGGCUACGCAAUGGAUUUGAUUGGUGGUGGAGCUAAAAACUAUUCAAGCUUUUUGAAAUUUCUAGGUGACGAAAAACCAUUAUUAGGUGGUUCACCUUUCCAGAUUAACUACGUUUAUGAACUUCAAGAUGACAAUGAUGAAGAAACUUGUGAUUUUAAAAAAUUUAAUAAUACCAUAUAUUCAUGUUCUAAUGGGGAAUAUAAAUGUGCAUGUACAGAUUGUGAAGCAUCUUGUCCAAAAUUGGAACCACUUCAAGACCUAAUAUGUCGUAAAGGUGGGAUGCCUUGCUUCUCUUUCGAUGUAUUGGUUUUAUAUGGUAUAAUAUUCAUUGCUGUUGGAUUAUUCCAUAUAUAUAUAUUUAGGAAAAGAAAAUUGCAAAGUGUUAAUCUUGAUAGGAUUACUACUGAUGAGAUAAUGGAUGGUGCAGACGAAAUAAAUCCAGAAUACGAAGCACCAACUGACUUCAACUCGAAUAAAAUUAAUGAUUCUAUUUCAAAAGUAUUGGGAAAUCUAGCUGAGUUCUCCACUAAAAAUCCGUAUUUGGUUCUCGGUAUUUCAAAUCUAGUCAUAUUAUUUUGUUUAGCUUUGUUGAUUAAAUUUUAUGAACUAGAAACGAAUCCUGUUAAUUUAUGGGUGAGUAAAGACUCUUCAAAAUUUAAACAGAAACAGUAUUUUGAUGAAAAUUUUGGGCCUUUCUAUAAUACUGAACAAAUAUUUGUCGUUAAUGAAACAGGUCCCGUUCUAACUUAUGAGACUAUGAAAUGGUGGUUUGACGUUGAAAAUUAUAUCACAAAAGAACUAUUAUCAGAUCAAAAAAUAGGUUAUGAAGAUCUAUGUUUUAGACCUGUCGAAAAUUCUUCUUGCGUAAUCGAGUCAUUUACACAAUAUUUUGAUGGUAAAUUGCCAAGUGAAGAUUCAUGGAAAUCUCAACUAAAAGGCUGCACUGAUUCCCCUGUAAAUUGUCUUCCAAAAUUUCAACAACCUUUAAAAAAAAAUAUGUUCUUUAAUAAUGAUAACAUUUUUGAAUCAAAUGCUUUUUUUAUUACUUUCCUCUUAGAUAACCACACUGAUGCGGCAACAUUAUGGGAAACUACAUUAGAAGAUUACUUGCUAAAUUUAGAAGUCCCCAAAGGCUUAAGAUUUAGUUUUAGUACAGAAGUUUCCCUUGAGAAGGAAUUAAACAAGAAUAAUGAUUACAUUAUUGUCAUUAUAUCAUAUUUAUUGAUGUUCCUUUACGCAACUUUGGCAUUGGGAAGAAAUCAUUCUAGUACUAGAAUGACACUGGGUUGUACUGGUAUCGCGAUUGUGAUGGCAUCUGUCUUUUGUGCUGCAGGUGUGUUGAGUGCAUUUGGUGUAAAAUUGACAUUAAUAAUUGCAGAAGUUAUUCCAUUUUUGAUUUUAGCUAUUGGUAUCGAUAAUAUAUUUUUAAUUACGAAUGAGUAUGACAGAAUAUGUAUUACCAACCCUAGCUUAGAUAUCAAGCAAAGGAUCGUUUUUGCUGUUGGAAGAAUUUCUCCUUCUAUCCUCCUUUCAUAUAUCUGUCAAGUUAGUUGUUUCUUAAUCGCAAGUUUUGUUACAAUGCCAGCUGUUCGCAAUUUUGCAUUGUACUCUGCCCUUGCGAUAACAUUCAACGCUAUUUUACAAUUGACUUCCUAUGUUGCAGUAUUGUCAAUAUAUGAAAAUCGUUACAGUAAUGUCCUAUUUGAAUAUACAUCAGAAAAUUCAUUUUUAAUAAAGGAAACUUAUUUUAAUAUUAUUAAGAAGAAAAGAAAGAUAUUAGGAAUAUUUAUCUCAUGGUGUUCGAUCUCCUUAGCAGUUAUUCCGACGAUUCAAUUAGGAUUGGAUCAGACCAUGGCCGUCCCUGAACAAUCUUUUUUAGCAUCAUAUUUCAGGGAUGUGUAUCAGUACUUACAAAUGGGCCCUCCAGUAUAUUUUGUUGUCAAUGAUUUGGAUAUCACUAAAAGAGAAAAUCAACGAAAAAUAUGUGGUAAGUUUACUACUUGUGAUUCAAAUUCGAUGGCAAAUAUAUUAGAACAAGAACGUACAAGAUCUACAAUUACUGAACCCUUAGCUAACUGGUAUGACGAUUUUAUGUCCUUUUUAAACCCUGAACUGGAACAAUGUUGUAUGGUCAAGCUUGAUUCGGACUUGGAAAUGUGUCCACCAGAUUAUCCUACCUUCAAGUGCAAAUCGUGUUAUAAUCCUGGUGAAUGGAGUUAUAAUAUGCAUGGAUUCCCUGAAGAUCAAGAGUUUAUGGAAUUUUUCAAAAUAUGGAUGGCAACGGGAAGUGACCCAUGUCCACUUGGUGGUAAAGCACCAUAUUCGCAUUCAAUACUGUUUAAUGAUUCAAAAAUUAUAUCAUCUACGUUUAGAACAUCACACAGGCCAUUGCAUUCCCAACGCGACUACAUUGAUGCUUAUUUGGAUUCAGAAAGAAUUGCAUCAUCAUUUGAAGAUUUAGAUGUCUUUGCUUAUUCUCCAUUCUACAUAUUUUUUGUUCAGUAUGAUGGGAUAGUCUCCUUAACGUUGAAGUUACUUGGUACAGCAAUUGUUUUAAUAUUUUUUACGACCUUCAUUCUAUUACGUUCCUUACGCACUUCACUAGUUUUGUCAGUCACAGUUUUAAUGGUUAUCAUUGACAUUGGUUCACUCAUGUCUUGGUUAGGAAUUACUUUAAAUGCAGUUAGUUUAGUGAAUCUAAUAAUAUGUGUUGGCUUAGCAGUCGAAUUCUGCAUCCACAUUGCUAGAGCAUUCACAGUCGUACCAACGAAUAUUGCAGAAGAUAAAGACAACCGUGUGAACUAUGCAAUGUCUACAGUUGGUGGUUCGGUGUUUACAGGUAUUACAAUGACAAAGUUCAUUGGCAUCUCCAUUCUAGCAUUUGCAAAAUCCAAAAUAUUCCAAGUCUUCUAUUUCCGUAUGUGGUUCUCACUAAUCAUAGUGGCAGGAUUACAUUCUCUGAUAUUCUUACCAGUGGUGUUAUCAAUGGUUGGUGGGGAAUGUUAUUAUGAUGAUACGAAAGAGAUAGAAUCUUCUCUCGAAGCUGAAUCGACUUAG